AUGUUGCUAACGCAGAUUAAAAGGAUGCCCAAAAAUGACCAAGCAAGCACCUUCUCUUGUUGGCCACCAAACCCGACCGCACUAGCAACCAUCUGGAACCCGAUGAACGUUAAAAAUCCAGAAGUCAAUGCGAUCAGCGACCCAAACAGCAGCAGAUUGGCGUCCAGGUCCAGGUUCAUGUCUCCUUUGAACACGACCCAUCCCAGCAACGCUCCAAUGGGCUGGGCGCAAGCACCCAAGAUUCCACUGAUGAAAAAUGCCCGUGACUUGCUGUUCAACGCAAUGGAUAGUGGCAGAGUCAUGGUAAAUCCUUCCACAAAGUUGUGGAUGAACAUGGACAGGAAAAUAGCGAUACCCAAGUUAGGAUCGGCCUGA